GGUUGGGGUUGCCAACGAUUAAUAGGCAUUCAGAAAAUAAAAAGUGCUUAUACUCUUACAAACUGUUUGAUUUGAUGUACACCUACUAAUAACAGGUUGUCAUCAAAUCAUCGAACUAUAUCAUUCUUUACCAUCCCACCCACACCCUAAAAGGUAACUGAAUACCAGUGAGUCGCAAUAUUUCCUCGUCGUCAUUCUUUUCUUCUCAUCUACAAUGGCCAUCGCGAAUCCGCGCGAGUUGAAGUCUACCAAACCCCUUACUCCCCCACCAAGUGACGAGAAUUUUCCUCGACCAAAAGUACGAUCGGGUGAUCUAUGUGUUGGGUGCAUUGUUUGGUUACCGUCAGAGGGUUUCGAUAAAAGCAUAAAAUGCUGCAAAAGAGAUUGUUGUGGGAAGGGACUUGGAGAAGAUGGAUACAAUAAUCCGGUUGUCGUUCUCAAAAUUAGACAAAGAAAAGGCUCGAGUAUACGCGGCGAUCUAAUUUGCUACGUUGCCAACGUUACCACUUUUAGUGAUAUGAACUUGGAAAACUAUCUAUCAAAAUGUCCACACAACUCUGAAUUUCAGCAAUCAUUACCCAUUAGUCCUAUAGACCAGGAUAGCUGCGUCGAAAGUACACCAUCAUGGCUUCUUCGUCUGCAAAAGGGAGCGCUCAAGAAACAAUCCUACGUUAAUCUUGCUCACAUUUUCAAAGUGCCUUCCAGCAGCCUCUCUACUUUUGGCUUCCGAAAUCAUCGAGCUUACAAACUUCGUCUCUCAGCCACAAGUUACAAUAGCCUAAUGAAGGAAAUGGGUCUCCGGAACGAGCCGUACGAAGAAACUGCUUCGCUUUACAAAACCGCGCGAACACGUCUCGAAGCGCUCGCUUCCCAGAACAGGCAAGCUCCAACUCUGACACCAAAAACAGCACAGGUAUCAUUCACCCUUCAAAAUGAAAUGGAUAUGGAGAAGAAAAAAUACCCUACUACUCCCUUCCCAGUUGCCGCACCAGAUUGCCCUCAUUCUAAAACUGCUCCGACAUCUCCUCUUCUCCCAUUGGGACAAAGAAGAAACGUCAGGUUUACCUUGAAUGAAAUACCUAAAUCGAAGAGUCUCCUCAACGUUCCACGGGUGGCUGGUUAUGGUACAGUCAAUAACCAGCAAUUGCUUACCCCAUAUCCGAUUCAACCACCUACCCCGUUGACAGCGCGCUAUCAUUCUUUUAGACCAUUUGUCGAUCAUGGAUGGAAGCACGUUGCAUUGAGAUUCUUUGUGGGGUGCUUAAGUCUAGGGACAGUAUUUGGAGCUUUCAAGAUGUUGUGGUCGGCGAAGUUUUUUCCUGUUACCCUUUGAUAGGGGUUUUUAUGGCAGUUGGUGGGUUUUAUGAAUGGCGCAUAUUUUUAGUGGGUUUAGGGAUGGUGUUUGAUGAGCAUUGAAAGGAGUACAUGGAUUUCUGCCUGUGGUUUUAAAUGUACGAUAUAUUUAGAAAGACGCUGCA